AUAUGGGCGUUCUGUGGAUGACGCACCAGCAUUGGCUUCUUCUAUUGGAUGUUAUGAAACCCAACAGCCAAUCAGAAGACGGGUUGUUAGAAAGUGAGGAAACGUUAGCAGGUCGGUGGAAGACAUGUCUCUGAACCGCGGCGUCGGCAACCAAGAGUACAUGAAGAAGAAGAUUCCGAAAAAUGCCAAGUAUGACCACGUCAAAACCAAGCUGGACACAGGAUGCAGCCUGACCAAAUACAUGGAACGAAUGGAGGAGAUCAGAAAAAAUUAUCGUUAUCGAAAAGAUGAAAUCUUCAAGCGAUUAAAGGUCACAACUUUUGCACAGCUGGUGCUACAGGUAGCCUCUGUAUCAGACUCCAAUGAAAGUGAGAUUGACGAUGCCUCACAGGACCCACAAGACGGCCUGUUCGUGGGGUCUGACACAGACCUGGAGAGUCAGUCUGAACACCACAACAGCUCCCCCCAGGCCCCAUCACCGUCAGGAGACUCCAAGGAUCCCUGCCACACGUCCAGGUCAACCCUCCUGAGUGUUAUCAGUGGCGUGGGCGAGCUAAACAUGGACAGUAGUGACCACAGGACGGACGACGACCUGCUGCCGGACGCUGCUCCUGCUGACAGGCCCUACCCCGACUGCCCCUACCUGCUGCUGGACGUACGGGAGCGCGAGCAGUACGACCUCUGCCACAUCAUCGGCGCCCACAGCUUUCCCAUCGGCAUGCUGUCCCGGACCAUGAAUCCCUACUCCAGAGAGGUGCUGGAAUAUAAAAACGCUCCAGGGAAGAUCAUCAUUGUGUAUGACGAGGAUGAGCGAAUAGCCAGCCAGGCUGCGACUGUCAUGUGUGAACGAGGCGUCGAAAACCUCUUCAUGCUCUGUGGAGGUCUAAAGGUAAUAGCACAAAAGUUUCCUAGAGGACUGACAACAGGCUGCCUCCCAGACUCAUGCCUGUCACCCCGUAAUUCAUCCUCAAGAGGAAGAAAAGGCUCGGGGCUGCAGCAGCCGGCUGACCAGAGGUGGACGUUCACACCAGAAGAGCUGGAACAGAUCCAGGAUCAGCUGGAAGAGAUUCUAGUCCCCAGUAACACUAACAGUCGGUUGUCCAGCCGCCUGUCCUCUGGAAGUGCCCCUUCCAAAGCCUCCAGUCGGGUUAGCUCAUCCACAUCCAGGGGGAGCAGCUCCAGGGUUCAAAGCAGCAGACCCUGGAAAUAGUUGCACUCAGCUACCAAACACAAAUACCUCCAUCACAUUCAUCUUUGGAGGUUUCUGUGAUCACUUUGUUCAGGCUGCAGUCCACAGCAUGCAGUGAAGCAGAAAACUGUGAUAACAGGAGUGGUUUCAUCUAAACUGCAGUCAUGGAGCAUGUGAUUUGACAUAUUUGAAAAAUGCACUUGUCUAACUAAAAAAGUGAAAAAUUCCACGCAGAAGUACUACCAGUGUCUCCUUUCUGUUAAACCCAACGGGCAGCUAAAUGAUGUGAGUAGUGUUUGAUGAUGCAUUUCCAAUAGUGUCUUUUAGAUAUUUUGCACAUUUGUGAAGCUUAGAUACAUUUCUUGUUUGACAUUUUUACUUCCAUUUCAUUCUGUUUCUGUUUUCUCAUAUCACACUGAGCUCGGCCCGUCAACGGCUUGACAGGUUUAGGUGAAUAUCGGGUUUCAUUAUUACUGAGGAUUAAUAUUCUUUGAAAAGUUGAGCUAGACCUAAUUUAUUUCCACAAAGUCACCAUGAAACCCCUAAAAUCUUGAUUUCCAGCUGCUCAUUCAGUAGAUGUUUAUGUAAAAGAGUUGCAGAAGCCUUCUCCACCAGUCUGUAUUUAAAGAAAGGAUUCUGUAGCAAACCACAGUCAGGUUUGAUGAGCACUCUAAAUAUAAUUCAGCUUUUCCUGGAACAUUAGGGAUUCGUCAAGACUGUUUAGUCAACUCUCUGUAAAUAUGUUUGAAGUGCAAUUUAUGAGAAUAUGAAGUUUGUUUUAAAGAAUGCUUGCUCACCAUCAGUCUGGACUUUCAUUAUUUUGUUUUUAAAUGAUGUCAGAACAGUGCUUACAUUUCAUUUUCCACACUUGACUGUGAAAAGAACAGAAUUGUUUAAAUAAAAGUGAAACUUUCUUCAAGUUGAA